UAAAAGUCAUGUGACUAAGGGUAUAUAAGAUGACAGCAGUAUGUGUACUGGCAUAAUUCAUUAUAAAGUAAUGGAUUUGGUGUAUAUAUAAUAUUGUUAAAUACAGAGAUACCAGUCACAUCACUGUGAUUCCCAAGUGGAAACAGUGACUCAUUCAUCUGUGAACAAAUAUUUCAGAGAGAAUAACCCAGAUCAUUUGAAUGGGCUGAAACUAUUUUUGCAUCUCAGCUGUGGGAAUUUCAGCUGUGUCGCUCUGGUUAGAGACAGAAAACCACCUCAUCCUGUCCAGACAACUGCAAAUAGACGUAUCAUUCCUCUUGUUAUAUGAAUAUACACAUAUAAUGGUAGACCAAAAAAAAGCAUUUCACAGACCGACAUAUAGUAGAAUAACAAUACAAUAAAUAUUAGUUGCUCUAGUUUGAGGUGGUUCUCACCUCUUCUUGAAAGUCAUGAGUCAUGACUGUCUUAUGUCAGACUAACGUCUGCAAAGCAGUACCUGUAGCCCAAGUGUUUUUUAGGGCCUGUAACAUGUUUGCUCUUGGGACAAUGGAGAGGGGGAGAUGGGAAACCUGUUACAUCAGUACAACAGAGAAAGGAGUGCAGGUGCCUUCACAGGGAGGGGCCUAGCUGAUGGCAGAUGACGUGACCUUGCCUUUGCUUUCUACCAUUCCACAUCCCCAUAGACUGUUCUUGAAGGGUUGAGUGAGCAUCAGAAUCAACAAUAUUCCAAGAGUACCUGGAGAACUAUUUGCCAUACAUUUUCAGCCUUAUCAUCAUUUGAGCCCAUUGAACUUGAACUUGAUUUAAUCAAUGACUGCAUACUAGAAAGAGGAAAGUUAGUAUACCAAGAGGUUUGGCAAAGCUGGAGUGUAUCAAGAGAAGUUGAAGAAAUAUUUGUGAUCGUCCAUUUGUUGCCCUUUCAUCAUUUGAGAUUAUUUCACCACCUGCAUACUUGGAAGAGGAGAAAAGCCCAUUGUGACAUCUCAGUACAUUUAAAAAAGGCGCCACCAGCAGACCAUUCAAGAUGGAUAAGUUCCGUAUGAUGUUCCAGUUCCUCCAAUCCAACCAGGAGUCCUUCAUGAAUGGCAUCUGUGGUAUCAUGGCCCUAGCUAGUGCCCAGCUCUACUCAGCCUUCGAGUUUAGCUGCCCUUGUAUCCCGGAGUACAACUACGCCUACGGGAUUGGACUGCUGGUUAUCCCACCUAUAUGGUUCUUCCUACUAGGUUUCGUGUUGAAUAACAAUGUUUCGAUGUUAGCUGAGGAGUGGAAAAGGCCGACGGGGAAGAGGGUGAAGGAUCCGACGAUCCUUCGUUACAUGUUCGUUUCGAUCACGCAGCGGUCCUUGAUCGCGCCCAUGGUGUGGAUAUCUGUGACUCUUAUGGACGGGAAGAGCUUCCUGUGUGCGUUCAGCGUCAACUUGGACAUUCAUCAGUUUGGGAAUUCGACCCUCAUUGAGGGAAUGACGGAAGUGGAGAUUGUUAAAUUGUUAGCGAAGAUUCCAUGCAAGAAUAUCUUCAAUCAGCCCGAGGUGAUAUCGAGAGAAGCGGCAUCGAGAUAUAUCAAGUGUAUAUCCCAGGCGUUUGGCUGGGUAUUCCUGCUGCUGAUGACCUUAGCAGCCUUCCUGAUACGAGCCAUCCGACCCUGCUUCACCCAAGCUGCCUUCCUCAAGACCAAAUACUGGUCUCACUACGUCGACAUCGAACGCAAGCUCUUCGACGAGACGUGCAAGGAGCACGCCAAGACCUUCGCCAAGGUCUGCAUCCAGCAGUACUUCGAGAGCAUCAGCGGCGACAUGCGCAGCUUCCACAAGCACCGGUCAAGCAAAGACGAUAGCGACGAUGAUGAUGAUGAUGACAAGAAGAAGAGCGACGAGGACAAGCUUCUCGGGAUCCACGACCAGGACGAUAUGAAUAAAGUUCUGUGGAAUUGGCACACGUGUAAGCCGCCUCUGGCACUGAGGAAGGAACAGCCGGAUGGAGAAUCCCAUGAAGGGCUCAUACCAAAUGGAGACGUCCAUGGAGUCAGCGGAGGACCAAAUGGAUAUGCUAACGGUCACGCUCCUGAUUUGCCUAAGAGGGAAUGGGCGGUAUACUACAGCAAAGUUUGAACAUUUCAAAAGAGGAAAAAGCACUAUUCACUGUGGCAUGGAUAUUUUUGAUUGACUAUUUAGACUGAUGAGACUGAUUGUCCUUUAAGAUUUAGACUGUGGUUUAAAGAUAGAAUUGAAGUCCUUUUUGUGGUGUGAUCAUUUAUAAUAAUUCAUAUUUUGAUGGAGGGCUUAGUUGGAAAUUAUUCCUGGCAUCCAACAUCAAACACUCCCAAAUUGGCACUUUUGUUGCUCCUUGGUUUCAGAGUGGUUAACUGUAUUUUUUGUUAGAGUACCCAAAGGGUGGAACCUUACUUGAGUUGUUGUACAUAAUGUGUCAGAUAUGUCAUGAGGAUGUACAGUCUGCUUCUUGUUAUUACUGCUAUGUGUAGACUUUUGAAAAUUCUUUAUCAAUUAAACCAAACAUCAAAUGUCUCCUUGUAGAAUCUCGAUGAAAUGUUUCCUUUAGCCUAACGCUACUGUGGAAGCCUAAAUUCAUCACUUUUUU